AUGGAGUCGAUGCCCGGACAGCUUCGAGACGCGGGACGGGACGCCAGCUCUUCCCCAGUUUCGAAGCAUGACGCCCCGAGCUUCUCCAGCUCCCUCAAACCCAACCAAGUGAGCGAGACCGCCCUGUAUGGGGUGCCCAUCGUAUGUCUGGUCAUAGACGGAAAAGAGAGGCUCUGCCUGGCGCAGAUUUCCAACACCCUGCUGAAAAACUACAGCUACAACGAGAUACACAACCGCCGGGUCGCGUUGGGCAUCACGUGUGUGCAGUGCACCCCCGUGCAGCUGGAGCUCCUGCGGCGCGCGGGGGCCAUGCCCAUCUCCUCCCGGCGCUGCGGCAUGAUCACCAAACGGGAGGCAGAGAGGCUCUGCAAGUCCUUCCUUGGGGCGCACAGUCCCCCAAAGCUACCGGAAAAUUUCGCAUUUGACGUGAUUCAUGACUGUGCCUGGGGCUCCAGGGGUAGCUUCAUACCGGCCAGAUACAACAGCUCCAGAGCAAAGUGCAUCAAGUGCAGCUUUUGCAACAUGUAUUUCUCCCCAAAUAAAUUCAUUUUCCACUCUCAUCGCACCCCAGAAUCCAAGUACCUGCAGCCGGACGCGGCCAACUUCAACUCGUGGAGGCGCCACCUGAAACUGACGGACAAAAAACAGAAUGACGAUAUUCACCACGCGUGGGAGGAUGUAAAGGCCAUGUUCAACGGGGGGAGUAGAAAGAGGAUUCUGCCCAUGAGUGGGUCGGGGAUGCACUCGUCAAUAAAAUCGCAGGCCUCGUCCAGCCUGGCCCAAACCAGCUCCCCUGAGAUUCCUCACAAAACGUUACGCUGCGAAGAGAGUCAGGGAAAUAACCUGAGUUUGGCGAGCGGCGCACGGACCUACCCAAUCAUCCCGGUUCCCAGCAAGAGCUUUGGCAUGCUUCAGAAAAUCCCCCCACCUCUAUUCCCCCACCACCCCUAUGGCUUCCCCAGCUAUGGACUGUGUCCGAAAAAGAGCGACGGUUUGCCAGAUGCAAACAAAACUAGUGUCUCUGGUGUGUUUUGGCCUGGCGCUAAGGACGCCCUCUACCCUGCUUUCCCCAUGUUUUGGCCUACAGCUGGCGGCCUAGCCAUGCCACCCUACUCGGGGUCUCCACCCAAAACUCUUCCAGAACUGCCAGGUGUCCGGCAGGCUGAGCUCGACUUAUCGGUCCAAAACGACCGGGGUGCCAACACAACCAAAGACACCAACCACCACCCGCACCAUCAGCAGGACGGCGGGGAGCGCUGCUCCAGCUCACAGUCCUCCUCCACUAGGAACGAAGAUGACAAGUCCGGGGACGAGACUCCGCAGAGGAAAAUUAGCUACAUUUCGGCCUUUCGACCUGUUGUGAAAGACGCAGAGACCAUCGCCAAACUCUACGGCAACCGGGACAGUUACGGUGCGCGCCCCGGUUACCUGUCCCCGGAUUUUAUCAGCGAGAGCUCCAGUUACAGAUCCGUCUCACCGGACAGAGACAGCGUUGUGGACGACGAUGACGACCUGGACGUGGAUGUGGAGUCCAACCGGGGACAAGAUGAGGAGGAGCCGAUCCACAUCUCGCCAGGCGCGGACCAAGUUCCCUCACCUGUCCCGGACCGGGUCCCCUCGGCUGCUGAGGAGAGCCCGGAGCAACCGGAAGCUUCGAGCCCAGGAGCAGCAGCAGCAUCACCGGAAGACUCCGUGCACUCUGGCUCAUCAGAUGAGGACAGACGGAUGCGUAAUGGCUCUCCUCUUCAUGAAGUGUACGCUCAUGAAAAGGACGGCCACGUGCUUCUGAAUGAGCCUUCGUCGUUUUCGUCCAAACACUCGAGCAGCCCCCGCAGAUCCAACGGUGCUCACCACGUGUCUGAAAUACAACACCAACGCAUCAUAACUCCCUAUCAGGAGCAGAAGGACAGACAAGCCGAUGGCGCUUUACGCAUCGAUAUCAGCGUGCAUGAAAGAGAUCUGGAGAACAUGGCUAAAGAGGAAUUGCAGAAGCAGCUUGUGGAACAAGUGGAGUUGAGGAAAAAGUUGGAGAGAGAAUUCCAGCAUUUAAAAGAUAAUUUUCAGGAUCAAAUGAAGCGUGAGCUGUCCUACAGAGAGGAAAUGGUCCAGCAGCUGCAGAUUGUUCGAGACACUUUGUGCAGCGAGUUGGACCAAGAGAGAAAGGCUCGUUAUGCAAUACAGCAGAAGCUAAAAGAAGCUCACGACGCCCUUCACCAUUUCUCCUGCAAGAUGCUCACCCCCCGGCAGUGUACCGGAGCCUGCACCUUCAAACCUCCGCUGCUGCCUCCCUAGAGCCCGGCACCACCCUGCAACUGACCCCAGCACAGCCAAAAAAUAAAUAAACACGUGUUCUUCUCGAGAGCUGUCAUGUGUUCACUUCACAACCGUAACCCAAGGAUUACCAACCUGCUGUAUAGAUGCACCUCUGAUGUUAGCACUUGAGCGAAGACUCAGAGAAGGGACUGGCUGCGACCUCUCUAAAAAACUGAACUCUGGAGUAAAGGAGAUCUUAAAAUGGAGUUCAUUUUGUGCUAUGAGUCAAAGGAUUGUUGAUCUGACACUGCAAAGCUCAAACCAAGGAGUCUCUUCGAAUCAAAGUCGUCUGCUGAUUAGCCUCUCUGGAAAGAAAAAACAACACUAUAUACAUAUAAAUAUAUAUAUCACGUGACGAUGUGCAAUGGCUCGUAUAAUUGUGAUAUUAAGUUCGAAAUGUAUCUCAUUAUUUAGCUUUUGUUGCUUUUUGAAUGUCUUGAGUUUUUACAUAAUAUGUGUUGUUUAUUGUUCUUUGGUUUAAUUUAUUAUUAUUUAUUUGCAACACUGCAUAUGUUGUUAAGCACUUUAAAAAGGACAACAUUUCUGAAUUUGACCAUGUCGUCCUAUACCAAAUUCUUUUUAUCUAAAACACGAGGAUUCCUUAGGUUUCAAAUAUAGUAACUUAUUAAGAGCACUUACUUCAAUAGCAUUCAGGUUUGACAUAAAAAAAAAAAAAUGUGACACAAACUUUGAAGAUAUAAGCUUUCAAGUUACAUUACAAGUGAUAAUUAAAAAACAGUCGAGCCACUUAUAAAUAACAUGUACAGUUUAGACUGAGUAUUUUAACACAAAUUUGAUCAUAUAAUUUUCUCUGUUUCAGGGUUUUUCUAUCAUUAAAUGAAUCUUUGAGUCACAACAGACGAAACCAAAAGCUUUUCUUCUCAUCUGAUGGUGUUUUUAUACGAAGAAGACACUUUAAGACUUGUGUGUAAUCUGCCAUUCAGGUGGCUGCAUUUCAUUUUCUCUCAUUUGUUGUUUCUGACACAAUCUACCAAUAAUUUUCCCAUUAAUGUAUGUACCCAUGUCAAUA